AUGACUACCAAGAAACAACCUAACUCGGCUUUCCUUCAAAAUCAACCUCUCAAUCCUCCACCUCCUUCCACAAGCACAACACUCUCUACACAAAAUUCAGCUCUGUACUCCUCCUCUUCAUCGGCACUGAUAGAUCCAGCCUAUCGACCCAUGACGCCAACAAACCUUGGCGACACCUCUAAGAAUUUAUUCGGAUUGAAUUCAAAAUUCAAUGGAACAAUUCAUCACCAACAAGGAGGACUUCUCUCUGGAAUCAGUGUAAAUAACACAAAUCUUUCAAAUUACCAGUCCAUGAAUCAGUCCUCUUCACUCGCACAACAAACAGCCACGACCACUGGUAAUCACAACAUGGCUCCUCCGACACCUCAACAUUUUCCUUCAACACCAUCAUCCAACACAACAAACAAUAUGGAAUCAUUGUCCAGCAAACCAGCAGCAAUUCCUGCUUCAUCGGUAGCAUCCACUGGCAAAGACAAAGCAGACAUGUCUGACGAUGAAGAAGAGACACAAGGAAUAAUUUCGGAGAGUACAGAUGAAUCAGAAGAUGAAGCAACAGGAACAAAAAAGGAUAAAUCCAAGGUAAAAUGGACACCAGAGGAAGACAAGACUUUAAAGGCCGCCGUCCUUCUCCACAGAGGAAAGAACUGGAAGAAGAUUGCUGAACAUUUUCCAGACAGGACAGAUGUUCAAUGUCUUCACAGGUGGCAAAAAGUGUUGAAUCCUGACGUGGUUAAAGGACCUUGGACAGCGGAAGAAGACAACCAAGUUAUUGAGCUUGUGAAAAAAUAUGGUGCUAAAAAGUGGUCCCUCAUUGCUCAACACUUACCAGGACGUAUUGGAAAGCAAUGUCGUGAACGAUGGCACAACCAUUUAAAUCCAGAUAUCAACAAGGGACCAUGGACAGAGGAAGAAGAUAAAAUUAUUGCUGAUGCUCACGAGAAGCUGGGAAAUAAGUGGGCUCAAAUUGCCAAACUCCUCCCAGGCCGAACUGAUAACGCAAUCAAAAAUCACUGGAACUCUACAAUGAGAAGAAAACUAGAGAGAGAACGAAGGGAGCAACAAGGACUUCCUCCAACCAAGCCACGAGGCAGAUCUUCAAAGAAAAAGAAGGAAGAGUCCAAUUUGGAUGCAAUUUCUGAAGCUAGUACUAUGAGUACCAACUCGCUUGCAUCAAGCCAAACCAAUAAUAGUACCACGGCAUCUGCCUCCUCCACGCCUCUACUUGCUGCUUCUGAGCAAGUCAAACCAAAACGAAAGUACACGCGAAGAAAGUCAAAGAAAAUUUCUGAACAAAACUUGAGCGAAUUACCACCAAAAUCUCAGCCACCAUCUCAGAUCACAACGGUCAUGAUGUCAGGCAGUGUUGCUUCAGCAAGUGAUGUCAAUGUGAGCGCAAUGACUGAAAUGCACCCUCUAUCUCUAAACAAUGACAACUCUGCCUUGUCAUCAUCGUAUCAUCAAGCAGAUAACGUUGUACAGGAUUCUGUAGAAGGAGCAAACUAUGCAGAAACACUUUUUGCUGAUUUGCCAGGAGGUGUUGAUCCUAAUUCUUCCAUUCUUGUACCACCACCAUCCUAUAACCCAGAACUAAGCUCAGAGGUGUAUCCAAAUGCGUUGCAAUACGAUUUGUCAUUUUCUUCCUCACCAAGCAAGCAAGACUCUUCCAUGUUAAACAGCUCGUUCAACUUUGAAGAAGUUUUUGCAAGCCCCAAACACGAUAGAAAUUCUAGUUUCAUCAGUCCCAUCAAAAACACACCCUCAAAAGGUCUCUUCUUUUCACCUCCUAGGGAUAGCUUCUUGUCACCAGCUCGGUCAGCCUUUCAUUCGCCAUCCAUAUUUAGAAAACGAAAGCGAGAUUCUGAGAUUUUGCAAGAUAGGAUUGCACUCAACUCAAACACACCUAUUAAGAAAAAGUCUCCAAUGAACGAUCGUGUAUUGACUAGCCCAAACUUCUUAUUCAGUCCUUCUACUCCUCAGCAACAUGAAAAGGUUAGAGACAAUCAGUCUUCUAGAAAGGUUUACUCGACUCAAAAACGAUUGGAUUUCAAUGAUCAAGAGCUCAUUUCGACUCCACAAAAUGCAAGGUCAUCAUCAUCCACCAACAAUACCCCAGCAGCAACAACAACACUGUUUGGAGGCGGUAUUGCAAACUUUUCUCAUAUCAACAACAAAAUCAAUUCGGUAGACAAGAAUUUAGAUUCAUUCAGAUCGCCUUCAGAAAAAGUGCCUUUCACACCUGAAAGAGAUUUAUCAUCCUUAAGCUUUUCUCCAUUUAGCACCAGGACACCUUCAUAUACCAAUGCUUCUCCAAUCUCUCCUAGAAUUCCUUCACCAUCCAACAUGACAAAGCGACAUGCAUAUUCGCAAGCAGAAAUGCUCUUUUCAGCCCUUACAAGAAACAGUACUUUGUGA